AUGAAGUCCGCUACAGCUCUUCUGGCCCUCUGCGCUGUCCUUUGCGGCCGUGUUGCGCACGCGCAGGAGGGCUUCAGGAUCCCGAGCCCUGAUGUGAACGAUCUGGAUCCGUCGCUCACGAUUGUGCAGGGCGAGGUCGUGCAAUUGGCCUGGGCGGCGAACUAUACCUACCAACCCUCCGUCGAUGGGAAGCCCGUCAUGGGCUCCGAUGGCCGGGCGUCGCUGUGGCUGACGUCCUGGGCGUGGAACGGGGCCCGAUUCGGCAAACUCCUCACCCCCAGCGUGAUCUCGGAAGGUGACUCCUCGUGGGCGUACCAAGUCGACCUGACGGAUGCCGAGAUCGACCGCUGGAAUGGAGGCUUCACGUACCGGCUGAUGAAGCCCGUCACCUCGUCCAACGCCGCCUUCGAGGACUCAGACACGGCCAUCGUCUCGCGUGCCUUCAUCGUGCGCAAGAAAUCCGACGUCGCCGCCUCGAUUGCUUCCGUCUCAGCGUCGUACUCGAGAGCCCUGGCAGCGUCGACAGCAAGCGCCACGCAGUCCACGACAGCCGCCGACGCAGCCUCUUCCACAGCCACACGGACGGCCGGCUCUUCUGGCCCUCCUUCGCCCACCGCCUCUUCCCCCGCCGCCACAGCCACGGACAGCGAAUCCAGCAGUACCGCGUCCGGCGACCCCACAUCCACACCCACCGGCGGCCUAUCCACCGGCGCCAAAGCCGGCAUCGCGAUUGGCGCCGUCGCCGCAGUAGCCAUUGCCGCCCUAGCCGCCCUAUCUCUCAUCCGCCGCCGCCGCAAGGCCUCGCACGUUGCUGCUUACAACGACCAAUCCGCCGCGGAGAAAUUCACGCCGCAGCCACAACACUCCACCGUCUAUCGACACGAGGCGCCUGACGCGGCUCCGGCGGCGCACGAGAUGUCUGCACACCAGAGGGACCGGGCCUACGCCGAGUUGGACGGGUCGUCUGGGAAGCCGUAG